GCGCGGACGACGCGGAGGGCGCGGAGGACGCGGCCCGGCUCGCGGCCGGCGGCAGGUAACGGGUUUGAGAGCCACAACUUCGAAAUAUCAGCCAACUGCUUGUUAGCAAGAGCGUCCAUGUUAAUUUUUUUUAUUUUUUAAGAUGAAUAAUAAACUAACUCCCAAGUUCUCCAGUCAGUGUCCUGUCCAUCAUAACAACUUAAGUCUCCAGUCUUCAGGCCCACCUUUUAAGAAAGAAGACUUAAAUCUGAUUUCAAAAGAUUCCUUAGAAUCAGAUUCAGAAAGCCUGGCUCAAGAGGACCAAAUGGAGGACAAAGACAUGGAGCGGGACAGUUUAGAGUACAGCCCUGGGAAGGAAAGCCUGAGCGAGACAGAAGAGGAAGCAAGCAGGAAGGUGGCCCAGACCACCAGCAAGGAAGAGCUCCGGGACCCCGGCUUUGCUGUGCAUCACAGCCAGCAACAGAUAGAAGACAAAUACUCCAACCUCCGAUAUGACCCAAAUUGGAAGACUAAGAGAGAGGAGGAGCUGUUGUUGGCAGGAACAGCCCUGCCAGGAUCUGCAGACAGCUCUUCAGAAAACCUGCCUUUGGCUCCUCUCUACCCCUCCAAGGAGGCCUCAGUGGACCUCUCAGUGGAGAAAGACAAAGAGAAGACAAGUCCCCAGAGUGUGACUUCCUUACUUGGAAGUGAAUUUGUGAGUCCCAAUUAUGAGCAGGGUGCCCGAGGCAAUGAGUCCUUUUCAGGGCUAAGUGACAGUGACGAGGAGAAGUCUAGUGACCUCUCUCAGUACCUAAAGAGUUCAAGCUCCCAUAACGAGGUUUUCCUGCCAGGAUCACGUGGCCCUCGGAGAAGGAAAUCCAAACAAUAUUUUGUGGAAAAAAACAAGGUGACUUUGGGAUUACCUGCUCCUAAAACAGACUCUUAUCUUCAACUUCACAAUAAAAAAAGGGGAGAGACUCGCCUAGAACAGAUCUCCUACCCCAUCAAAGUAACUGACAAGAUGACCACCCCGAGUGCCAAACAGGUUGAAGAUGCCUCCAUCGACCCCGAGGACACCUGGCACCAGAGAGCGCAACAACUAAAGAAUUACCAGGAGGAGUGGUCUCAAUACGAAGGCGCAAAGUCAAGCUAUGUCCCCAGAGGUCAGCCCUCUGAAGCAGCAAAUAGCCAGCAACCUUCCAGGAGACCAGCCAAGCCCAAGGUUCGAAAACAACAUAAACAUAAGAACAGCCAGAAGUCUGUGGUAACCCCAGAGCGCAUCAUUAGUCGAAGAAAUGAGAAGAACAUGGUCCAGCAGCAACACCCAACCGAGCCUGUGGCUCCCUCACUACCGUACGAGCCAGUUGCACUUAUGAGUGCGUCUAACAGUGAUUCACAAGAGCCCAGUGCACUCAGGAGCCACAAGCCCAAAGUCAUCUCCAGUGUAUAUGCUCCACCCAAGCAGGCUUUUGACAAUUGCAACAUGUUACACAAAAACUUUACUGGAUAUCACUCAGAGCUGAGUAGAGGACGCAGACAGGAAGAGAAAGGAUUCUCAUACCAGCAGCCGCCUGCCUAUACUCUUUCUACUGCAGGUAUAAACGGCCUCAAAGAGCUUUCCCACAGACACAUGCCCCUGAGCCAGAAAGACCCUCUGUCCAGUCACAACAUGAAUGCUCACCGACUGGCUCAAAACAAGAAGCAAUCCAGACAGCCGUCCACAGAGAUAAAAUAUAGGAACUUAGAAAUGCUAUGGAAAUUCCAUUCUUCCUCAGACAGUGAUGCUGUGAGAGUUUCGCCAGACUCCCGGCUCACACAGGUCAUGGAGCAGCACCAGCAGGCCUUGGUGCAGCUGGCCGAAGUGCAGCCCAGCGAUGGGUCCUCGUCCAGUGUCACGCUCCCGCCUAUCUUAUCCAGGGGCGAAAGUGCAUCUCGUCUCAAUUUAGAGACAAGUCACAGACCCCAGAUGAAAAUCAGCCGCAGCAAUUCUGAAGGCUACCUGUUUCAGCUGGAAAAGGGAAGAAGGCACAGGAAAAGAAGCAGCCUUAAGAGUUUGAAGCUGAAAGGUUAUCAAAAUAGAGAUGUGAAACUUGGAGGCCUGGGACCUGACCUGGAGUCCGCCAGACACAGGAUGCAAAAAAUAACAGAGCAAAGGGAAUAUGCAAAACAAGCCAGGGAAUACAACAUGAAGGCUACGUCCGCGCUCUCCAAGCCUCAGACAGAAAAAACUGAAAACAAGCCAACUGUCCCUCGGCAGAAGGCUUUGGAAUAUGCUAAGACCAUCCCCAAACCGAAGCCAUCACAUCUGACUGGCCAAUCAGCAAAGAAAAAGAAAACUCCAGCAUAUGAUGGAAAAGAAGAAACUUUACCUGAAAUCUCACUGCUGGAAAUGCUGCGGAGCAGACACGAGCAGGAGAAGCAGGCCGUGGCUGCUUUCAAAGUCCUUCACAUUGUUUAGACUACACUUGUAGGGAGCCAAAAGUGCUCUGAGAUCAGACAUGGAGAAGAGGAACUGCAGGCACCUGUGUACCGUCGUGGUGACCCGUGCUCCAUGCUGGCUCUGUGAGGGACUCAAUAUGGGUACAUUGAUAGGGCUAUUUAUUCUAGAAAGAAAAGUUCUGCUUAUUUAUUUUCAAACCAGUAAGAGUAUGGGCUGACAGACAACUAGAAAAUAAAGUGGUCCAUUUUAUUUUGGAUCUUGGCCUUCUUAAACCAUAUAACCCCUUCCGUGAUAUGUUGAAAACUUCCAUGUUACCUAAAAAUAAAUAUAUCUAAGUGUGUUUCCCUAA